GGCCAAUUAACGAAACACCUGAUCGGAAUUGCAGUUCAGUGAAUAACAUUUAAUGUGAAACUGAAUUCGAUUAGGAGUUAUUCUGAAACGUAGACCAUGACUUCAAAGCGAACGAGAAAAGUGAGUGCCGAAGGGCAUUUCAUGGAGCAAAUGAGCGAGAUGCGUCAAAAGAAAGCGGAUCUUUUUAUCCAACAGUUCGAGAAAGAUGCGCAAGACCGCAUCAACGAGAUGGUGUCUAAAAUGGAGCAAACUCUUGCCACGGUAGAUCGUGUGUUCAAAGUGGAACUAAUGAAAAUGCCACCUGCCCUCCAGAACACAUUAAUCAAAGAUUUGAUAAAUGGUGGUUUGUCAGCUGGAGACGUAACGAUUGCUGUCAAGAACGAGUCUCCUGAAAUGCAUCAGCCACUCACAAGGAAGCACAGCGGCAAAAAAGCUAAAGUCAGCGAUGGUGCACCCAAACGGAUCACAGGAUCUCAGACAAGGAAACCGUUAGAAGCAGCUAAGAAGGCAACCAACAAAACAAGAUCUCUUGUUACAAGUUCAAGCGCAGGAAACUUAAGGUGUGCCUCUACCUCAACGUGUAAGAGGGCAGUGUCUCGUGUCGCCAAAACCAGUGACCAGAGUGCACUGACUAGUAAACAAAGAGCGGUCCUGCUGUCGAGCGGUAAUGACCGCAUGUCCUGCUUCGCGGCAGGGUCCGCACCAUACGUCACCAUAUCUACCUCUCUUGGGGAGACAGUUUGUCUUUCUGAAGAGACCAAGGACGAGAUUGACGUGAGGCAAAUGGAUGAUAUGGCUGUUCUUCAGAUGCAAAGGCUGAUGAAACUGAUGGUCUACCUAGCCAACAAGUUUAAACUGAACAGUCUUUAACUGGGGUGAUUCACCCAUGCAAUCCAUCUACGCACCGGUUUUACUGUAACUUGAUUUAAAUAAAGAUAUUCUUAAUAUUGUACAAGAACUGAAA